AAGCUGAAAAGAGAUUUUGUCACUACAUUACCACUCGCCGCCAGAACCCGACCGUGGUUUCCAGGGAAACUGGAAAUGUGAAGCUUUUCAACAGACACAGCCACAGCUUAAAGAGCAAGGAUUGCCUAAGAUAGAUUCUUCUAGAGACAAACCUGUAGCCAGUCACUAUCAAUCAACAGGAGAGAUGUACGGACAGAUGUGGGGGGUCUUGAUCAAUGCUAAGAUUUUGAGAUGUUGGACCCAAAUCUGAGAGAGAGUUAUGGAGAGACUUCAGUCUGACUUGAGCUGCUGAGGUACUUUCACCACUUUCAUGCAGCUGCAGAAUGGGAAGUCUUAAGGACGAGAUGAAAGGUCUCAGAGAGGACCCCCAGCCUUGUGAGAAGACAGAUGAUGGAGAGCAUCCAGGCAGCUCAGAUGGCAGCGCUGUGCCCAUGGAACCUCAGAUAUACACGAGUCAGGAGUUAGAAAUUCAAAAGGACUGUCAGCCAAAACUACACAUGAAUGUCAGCACCACCGAGGAGGAAGGAAGCAAAAAUCCAAUAUCCAAAGAUCAAGCGCUUUCAGGAGGGGACUGUGACACUGGCUUUGUACAAGUUAAAGAAACCACUCCUCUAACACAACAACCCAAAGCUGAUAAAACACCAACAGCUACACACAAUGACAUAUCAGUCUCUAUUAAGUUCCUCAGUGGUGAUGAAGGAGAUACUGAAAUUCAGAGGGAAAUCUCUAAUGAUAAAAGCAUUGGUCAGAAUAGAGAAAAAGAAAUUGAAAGUAUCUCGGUGCCUGUGCCAUCAACCCCAGGCACCUCUGAUCCACAUUCCCCCAACAUGCGUUCCCCUGCUCCUUUCGGACAGCAUCACAUGCGCACACAGGUGAGCCUGGAGGUGGUCCAGUGUCGCUCAGCAGCCACCAGCCCCAUGACUCCUCCUGAGGGUGGAAACUCCUUCUUCUUCCCAAGCUCUUUUGGGAGAUCUGAAGGUGUCAGUACUGACACUAAAGAUGCCGAGCUACAGGUGGGUCAGCAGGUGGAGUUCUGCUCUGUUGCCACUUCCCCCAUGACCCCAAAGACACCAUCAACCACAGCUUUCCCAGUGCUUAUUGGGAGAGAGACAGUGCGCAAAGAGGAGAAAGUGAAAAAGAGUGAGGAGCAGAAGGAGAGUGAACAAUCAGAAAGUUUCCCUGUGACAAAAAGUCCACCAGAGGCAAUUGGAGCUUUGAAGUUUACCACACCAAAGGAGCCGGCUGAAGGCUUCGACUCAAACGUGUCUCCAGAGAGCUCCACCGGCUGCCUGGCCGCUGGGUUAACAGGCUCACAAGUAACUGUGGAGGAUAGUAAUCAGCUGUGUAAGCAGCAGAGGAUGGGAAGUAUGGAUCAAGACAUUACGAUCCUGGUGACCCAUUAUAUCAACAAUGAGGAGGACAAGGAAGAGAAGUCUGAGACAUCUUUUUAUUCCAUUGAGCCAGAGAUGGUCAAGAUAGAUGAAUAUGAGGAACCUAGUGACAAUAAUCAGGAUCUAAAGUGGGAGGAUGGGAAGGAAAAGAUCUCCACAGAAACUCCUGCUCCCGAUCAGGUUCAAGAAGCCUCAAACAUAAAUCCUUCACAAAAUAAAACUGAAGAUUCAGCUGUUCCUGCUAGUCAACAACCAGCAAGCAUUAUAAAAUCUGACAGUCCAGAAGACAAAGAAAACAGAGAUGCAUGUGAAGAGACAAAAGAAGUGUCAAAGCCUCAUGUUCCCGAAUCUCCAGCUCCUUUCGGCUGCCACAACAUCCGCACACAGGUGAGCCUGGAGGUGGUCCAGUGUCAGUCUGCGGCUACCAGCCCCAUGACCCCUCCUGACGGGGAACAAGCCUUCUACUUCCCCAGCCACCUUGGGACAUGUAGGGCUGCAGGGGCUGAGACUAAAGAUGCUGAACUGCAGGUGGGUCAACAGGUGGAGUUUCGCUCUGUUGCUACAGCACCCAUGACCCCGAGAACACCCACGAUUACGACUUUUCCUGAGAUCAGGAAGGGUAUUAGCAUCGAGGAGAAAAUAGAGGAGGAGACAGAGGAAAAAAGGGAUCAGGCUGAGGAGGACAAAAAGGUAGUACGUAAAGAAGAGUGGAAAGUAACUAAAGAGGAAAGGGCAGAAGCAGCUGAAGAGGACAAAAAGGAACCAAUAACUUGUAAGGAGAAAGGUGAGGAGAAAGGAGAGGAGCCGGUGCAGGAAGUGAGCUGGGACGAGAAAGGGAUGACAUGGGAGGUGUACGGCGCAGUGGUGGAAGUGUCUGUGCUGGGCUCAGCCAUCCAGAAACAUCUGGAGAAACAGGUGAAAAAGCAGAACAUACAGCCUCCCACCACCUCACCCCAGCCCCUCAGCUCCGAAUCCAACCACAGGGGGUUGGGGUCAGGUAAGGGCCAGGCCGGGAAGAGGGCGGAGCGGGACGGGAAGGUGAGGCGACGCAGAAGAAAUCCCUUUCGCUUACUGAUGGAAAACAUGCAGCAGCCACACUGUUGCUCUAGAGCUCACACCACUGAGUGACACGAGAAAAAUCAACACCUUUACUGGAAGAAAUCUGUGCUGAAAUAUCACAACGUGAUAUAUGUGGUUGUGAUACAGUGCAUUCACUGGUUUACUUCAGCGUGACAUUGUCUUGAAAGAGUAAGAAGCAACUGACCUUCUCACACAACGCAAAGAAGCACAAAAGCAUUUAACAUACAACUUGUAACAUGAACAGUGAUCACUGAGAAUCAGCCGUGCAAGAUGUUUUCAUCCAUUUUUUUCUUGGAUUUCUCUUUUUCACACACUUCCUGUUACUUCUAGCGGUACAGACUGACAGAUUAAUGGCCUCCAUGUUUGGAAAAACCAGGGUGAUAUAUCAGUGUCAUCGUUUGCUCUUCUCCUUUUAUGUUUGACCGCUCAAUUGUCCACUGACUCAUUUUAGCUGUUGAUGCUUUUUUAUGCACCUCAGACAAUAUGAAGCCAUGGCAACCAGCUCUCCUCCUGGUUGCUAACAAGCUUAACAUUGCUUCAGCUGAGACAGAUGACAGCAGAGCGACCGGUUCUGAUAGUGAUUUCUGACCUUGUGGUCCUUCAGUAUAAUCUGAGGUAACUUUGUUUUGGACAUAUGGAAAUUUGAAUUGAUCUAAAUGUCGAUUUGAUGUGUGUGAGAGGACUCUAUCAUUAGCGCAGGCUUUUGUGUGUCUUACUUUUUGCUUUUAGAUUUGGCACAUUUUGACUCAACUGUAUUGUGAAAAGUAUAAAAGCACAAUCAUGAUUCGUGUAAGAAAAGCAAUGACUCCUGAUAUGAGGGUAUUUUUUAGUCAUUGCUACUUAGUGUAUUUUAGUGCCAUCAUAACUGAUUUGGUUGUAAAUAAUGUGAUGAAACUUAUUUUAAAUGUGUUUUAAUUCAGAGGUUGUUCCAGUGUUAGUGGCGUUGGUGUUCAUACAUUAAUUUCACAAAAGUGGGAUCAAAUCCACAUUUGAAGUAGGUGAUUUUAUUCACAGAUUGCACUUGUAAUACAUUCAUUUAGAUGUCAGUAACCUGUGAAAAUGAUCUUGUCAAUCUUCUGCUUGUUGGAAGUUACACUGCAUAAGGUUUUAUUUCAGCAACACGUAUCUUAAAUGCAACACAAACUGACAAAUUAAACAUAAGGUUGAGCCAUGAGGUUGACAUGUAGUCAUCAAUAAGGAUUUCAUUCAUACACAUUAUGCAAUAGUUUUCAUUCCCUCCUUAGCUGAUUUUCUUUCUAGUAACAUCAGCUACAACAAAAAUGAACAGUGUUGACACAGCUUAUAAUGUAGUUUAUUUUAAAGCAAGCCAAGCAGUUUCCUUUAACAUAUGAGCAAAAUAAAGUGAUUCACAUGUGCAACAAAUAGUUGUUUUGUUGGCUUUUGUAAUGAUUUUGUCCAAUUAUCAUUGUCUAAAUGGUGUUUAUGUAAAGGCAGUUUGUAAGGAAGAGUUCAACAGUUUGGCAAAAACACUUAUUUUCUUGCCAACAGUUGGAUGAGAGAUUGAUAGCACUCUCAUGUCUGAAUGGUAAACAUGAGGCUACAGUCAGCCGAGCUUAGCGUAAAGACUAAAAAUGUGUGUGGGAAAUGGUAGAAAGCGUUGUUUUUGGAUGGAGUAAACAGCCAUGUUGUUUAUGUUUAUGCAUGCCUUUUGUUUGGUUGUUUUUUCUUUAUUAAGCAACCUUCUGACGUGACUUUUUUGUCUUUGUUUAACCUUUAGACAAAGCCAGACUAGUUGUUUACGAUAAGCUAAGUUAAUUAUCUCCUAUUGUAGCGUCACGUUUAAUGGAUCCAUAUGAAAAUGGUGUUAAUUCGCUUACUGUAUCUAACUGUCAGCAUGAAAGUAAGAAAUACAAUUCAAAACAUUUUCUUAACAACCCAACUAAAAUCCAUGAGAUGUUGUAUUGUUAUCUUGUUUUCACUGAUUAAUAUCUCUCAUUUUGGUUCUUCUUAUAGCUUUUCCUUGAAUUGAAAGUUUAGACAAAGCCAACUGAUCACUUCAGGGCCCAUGAAUCUUGUGCAAAAUCUCCUACUAAAAUCACACUAAUACAUACAGGUCAGAGGAGAAGGCUAUGUGAAAACAGGGUCUUCAUCCAACACCAUAAAUGUUUGAUUGGUGAUUUGAGCAACAUGAUUACAGAAAGGCAACAUGU